UAAGCGUCAGUUUGUCACGAACAUUCGUGUUUCACCUUAACAACGCUACAACCUCAAAUGGUGAGUGAAUAGUGGUGAAAUAUUACAAAAUAAAAAAUGAAGAAGUCAGCGUCACCACCAGUACUUGUUGGAACGCUUGCUGAGCCAUUUUAUGCUAUCUCGUUUGGGAUUCUUGUGGCUUUGUUCUCCGUGAAAAUUGUCAGUUUAUUUACACCAUAUUACUUUGGAUACGUUGCUUUGACAGUCAUUUCUGUUGAAGGUUUACUAUGGAGCUUUAAUAAACCUCCUCAGGAAUAUGAAGAGUUUAAACCAGCAGAACGCGAAAGAAUGGCAGAAACACAAAACAGUCUUGCAAUACCAGAAGACGCCGUGCCAAAGAAGCGUCAAAGUCCUUCUGGAGCUGGAAAAACAGAGAAAGUUGUUAAGGAAUCUAGAUUUCGACGUCGGCAUAAGAAAAAUGCUUCUGAGUCUCCUGUAGAAUCGCCUCCAUGAUACUUUUAUUAAAAUGCAUGAAAUGCAUCAAAGCAUAAAAACGUAGAGACUUGAGAAUUUAACAUAAAAUAUUAAUAACUUUACGUCUUUGUGGAUAUGGUUUUUUUACGAACAUUUUAAAUUAUUUAUAACACUGGAACAUCAAAUAAACUCGAUUAGAUUGAGAUUGGUGUUUUUCCUUCGAAAAUUGGUUAGUUCAAUUCCUAAACCUUAUCUAUCUUAGCUUUUAUCUAAAAGAUUACGGACUUCCAGGACACGAUUUAAGAUUAAAAUAAAUGACACAGUGCCGCGAAACGAAGAUUUCAAUAAAAUUUAAUGAGAUAAAAUCAAAAAUCUCUGCGUGUGAGCGAUUUCUCUUCAUUCAGGAAUGCUCUGUGUGUGUGUGCGUAUUUAUAAACAUUAACUGUUCAAUUUUACCUCUUUUUCAAUCCUUUUUUACGAUGCCAGCGAACAAUUUAUUUGUCAGAAAAACAUAAAUAUAAGGAGUUAUGAGGAAUUAAUCAGGAAGAUAGGAGUUGUUGCUGGUAAAAAAGUGUGAUAAAUGCCAGGUCGUAGACGUAGCGAAUGUAUUUAUUUUAGUUAUUUAAAAACUUGGGAAAAUCGAUUUUGAUUUUAUUUUACAGAUCUAGAAUGUAGAACGGCGUUAGUAGAACUAAAAUUUAGCAAUUGUAAGUAUAAUUUUAAGAAAUAAGAAAAUGUGAAUGUUCAAUAAACAUCCCUAUACUGCAUUUGCUGAAAUGAUUAGGAUAUAAGCUGUAGGAUAUUAGCAUUUAUUACCAUAUACAUAAGAUAUAUAUGUUGUUAUAAUGAUUAUAUAUAAAACAUAAUACUAAGUACUAUGAGACUUUAGUAUGACUUCUUAGAUCACCUUCACACAUGCUUGCUUUUUCGUUGAUUCGUUUAAUAAAUUUAUACGCUGCC